UCGCUGCUGAGCGCGGGUCACGUGGUGAAGGAGCGGUGGCGAGUGGUGCGGCGUCUGGGCGGCGGCGGCUUCGGCGAGAUCUUCGAGUGCGUGGAUCUGUCGACCCAACAGUUGGUGGCUCUGAAGGUGGAGUCGACGUCGCAACAGAAACAGGUCUUUGUGGUCGACUGUCCCGUCACACCCCCUCUACUCCACCCGCAGGUGCUCAAGAUGGAGGUGGCGGUGCUGAAGAAGCUGCAGACGCAGUCGCAGAACGUGUGCCGUUUCAUCGGCUGCGGACGCAACGAGCGGUUCAACUAUUGCGUCAUGACUUUGUUGGGCAGGAAUUUGGCUGAAUUGCGGCGCUCUGUCCAACACAUCCACCAGAAGCCCGCCUUCUCGCUCUCGACGGCCCUCCGAUUGGCGCAACAGAUCCUUCACUGCAUUCAAUCCAUUCAUUCCAUUGGUUUCCUCCACAGAGACAUCAAACCAUCGAACUUCGCGAUCGGCCGCUCGGAAGCGACGGCCAAACGGGUCUUUAUGCUGGACUUCGGUCUCGCGCGACAGUACAUCAUCUCUAACACCAACGAAGUGCGUCCGCCGCGCGUCGCCGCCGGCUUCCGCGGAACCGUUCGCUACGCGUCGGUGAACGCACACAAGAAUCGCGAGAUGGGGCGACACGACGACCUCUGGUCCCUCUUCUACGUUCUCAUAGAAAUGGUCAACGGAUCGCUUCCGUGGCGUAAAGUCAAGGACAAGGACUCCGUGGGACUCAUGAAGAGCUCUUUC